AGACCAACCAACCCAGCACACCUGGCGGCAUCCCGAUCCACAACACUGUCCUCAGCCCCGGCACGCACCCCGUCAUCGUCGGCGGCGGCAGCGGCGGCGGCGACAGAUUCUGGGGCCCAGCCCUCCUUGGCUUGAUUGAUGGAGGCAGCAAGUAAGCUGACAUGCGGGCUGUGCGGAUACAUCCGCCCACGCUUCGGCGCAACCGACACCGCGUGGACGUCGCUGUGCCGGGCCGUGUACUGCACGGGGCCGGCCGACACAAACCCACAGCUGUCGGGGAUCGGCUUCCAUCGCCAUGACGACGCCGCGCAGCUCGCCACCCCGGUCCCGCGCGACGCUGGCCGAAGGUUCAACGACCCGGACCUCAACCCGCUGUCGGACUUUGUGCACAUCCGCGGCAUCAGGCCCCCGCCGGUAGACAUAUCCGAGGCUGAGCAGGCCGAGUACAGCUGGGGGUUUGUGUUUCAUGAUGCGUGCUGGCGUCUGCUUGAGCAGGCCUCCGCGGGUUCUGGCUGCGGUCGUGGCGACGAUCGCACUGGUGAGGGGAGCACGGCAGUCGACAUCCGUGCACUCUGGCGGAUUCUCCAGUCUGUCCCUUGCGCGUAUGACCUGCCCAACUGGGGCCACAACUAUGGCGGUCUGUACCUCGGCGUUGCCAAGGACCAGGCUCGCGGAGAGCAUUUUGUGCUGCUGAGCAGCAACUCAAACCUCGUGAUUCCUAGCACGUACUCGGAUCCGUUCCGCGUCCCAGAAUUGCAGACCAUCAUGGCGAGGCUGCGGAUCGACGAGGCUCUGCCGGACUCGUAUCACCGUGAGGGCAGGGUCAGCUCUGUGGGAGGCGGCGGCCAGGCGGUUACUGGGGAUGGGGUCAGAAACGGUCAUCGUGAUGGCCACAGCGAGAUGGAGCCGCCAGAAGAAACGUUUCUCACGACAAGCAGUAUUGCAAUAUCUCCUGCCUGUGAAUCUCCGCCUAUUCCUACGGAAACAACGCCCACGACAACAGUGACAGUCGACGAUCCAUUCACUAUUCUGCCCCUCGAAAUCAGAGAGAUGAUCCUUACCACCCUCUCCUCGGCCGACGUCUGCCAAUUACGUCUCGCCUCACGCUCCAUGGCUGCUACACCGCUGACGCAGUAUUUUUUCUCGAGUCGCUUCUGGCCUGGCCGGGAGCUCGAGGUCAUCUUUGAUGGGUUCCUUCUCGGCCCGAGCCGCAGGCUCGGACUGGAUUGGCACGCCCUAUACAAGUUCAUGCAGAGCAGGCUGAGGCUGAAUCAGGUGUGCCUCGGGGAGAAGAACCGGUUGCGCAUAUGGCGGCAGACGGUUCGGCCCCUGGCCCGGGCUGUCGAGGCUGUCGGCAGCAAUAGAUUAGCAGAAGAGGUCCUGGGGAGAGUCGUCUUCUCGGGUCCAGGGUUCUGGCAGACCUGGGAUGGUGGUGGUGGAUGGGGCCACGUAUUUGGUGAGGAAGAGAACAACAGAGAUACCGGUGGUGGUGGCCCUCGUCGUCGCGGCGAUCGUGAGGGUUGGAGGACGGUGACGACGGUCAAGCAGCUCAACCCAGAAUCCUGGGGAGACAUGGGCCGCCGGGUGACGAGGGCGGAGAUUCAGAUCCCGCCAGACAGAAUGGUCGAGAGCGUUGUUGUCUCUAUUGUCGAGUUCUUUGACGUGCGGUACAUCACGGGGUUGAGCUUUGUUCUUGGACAAAGGGAAGGCGAAGCUGGACCAUAUAGUGUCUGGGGGACCAAAGACAAGACCGGGGACGAAAGUCUUAUGUUAGAUGGCGACAAUGUGGUCACUUUAGGCUAUGUGGCCCUCAGGUCAACAGACCGGACAGUCUUACAUGUCCCGCGCCGGCGUGGCAGCAACACUCCGCAAGAAGCGGCACUCGUCAUAACUAGCAGCAGCACCCGAACCAAUAGCGGCAAGAACAGCACUCCCGGUCUGCUCCAAGGCUUCCACAUUGCUGUCGACGAGUGCGGCUUCCGUGGGCUCGCACUCAUUGUCGGCGGCGCCAUGGAGUCUGAGUACCUCUCCUGGGCAGGCGAGUCGGGGAGCUUCGGGUCAUAUCCAAUCAAGGUGAACGGCGGCGGGGAGGGAGCGCGGUUUGCGACGGUGAGCGCCGUGUUUGACGGGUUUCGGAUGCAGGCUCUGCUUAUCCCCAAGGGUUGACACCAGUCCUACGAGGUUUUGAGAAAUUUCUUUUUGUGUUUGCGGACAAAGCAAAUCACACUGGUGUUUCAGGAGCUGUGUUCCUUAGAUCUGGAUCUCCGUCCAUCAGCCGGCAGUGCAAACCGAUGACGAAUUGGUUCAGCAGAACUAUCAGU